CGAAGCGUCGCAUUCAUUCCAAAAACACCUUCCGAGUAACAUCGCGUUCCUCAUCCCAUUCCCGGACUGAACGCACAGAAACUCAGUAGGGGGAUUUGCGCUUUAGGUAAAGCCGUAUCCUCAUUUUUCCUCUCGAAGGAUGCAACGCGUCUGGCCGUCCUUGGUACUUUUUGCUCUCUACGUGAUCGUAGCCAGUGUGGCUGCCACGAACUCCGGAGUGAUCACCGACGCUAUCCAGACUAGCAUUCUCAACAUGGAUCCGGGCGACGUCGUGAACGGACAAUUCGAUGCAGUACCACCAAUCACGAGCACAUCGAGUGCUAGCGAAGCCGUGGACUGGCUGACAACCACGGACGAGAUCUUUUCUCGCGUGGCAACCGGCGGUUUGACGUCGCUGCCCCCGAACGGGCUAUCCGCCAUCGAGACCAUGGAAACCGAGAUCGCAUCCUCCCCGAGCUUACUCAACAACGCCGAUGUGCUGAAGAAACUGCUGCAUGUUCUUCCAUCGCUCUGGGAUAUUGGUUUCUGGUACAGACCAGUGAGCGAGUGGAAGACCGAGUUUGGCAACAUCUACGACAAGGCUGUUAGCGCAGCCAAGAUUGCACAUGACGCUACUUGCUACGACGCAGCAGUGAACGCCACCUCGCUAAUGAUCCGCUUCACCAAGGACCAGGUCUUCUGGGACGGCGAAGACCAUGGCGAUAGCGUGGAGCUGCAGGGGCAAAACAAAGACUACUUGGCCUACCUGCCCGAGUUGGUAACGAUUUUGUCGAAGAAGGAAGACUUCACCCUCACAGAAGCUCAGCUUCGCACAUUCAUGGCGACAAAGAUGCCGUCUAAAACAGAGGGCAUGAAUACGGCGGUGGCGUUCCCAGUUUACGUGGACACCAGCAUCUACAAAGCCUCCGACGCAUCCGCGCUCGCCGAACUCGUCUGUUGAGCGAGCGCGUAGUUUCAUUUGCCCCUUCCAUCGAAGCUUUGAGUUAUGAUAGCAGCACUCUCAGGCUGAAACUUAACGCAGUCGCAUUUUCGACAAACGAGAGUUGCUAUGAUUGUUUUGCAUGUACAUGUACUCAGUUUUCGUACAGAUACAGGAAGUCAGAGGCAGAAAACUUCAAGCUGGACAUGACUUCAAGGUAAUCAAACAGACGAUUCGUCGUGUGCUGAUGAUGGCUAAGUGUAUGCAGAG